GUAUGUGGUGCAUCAGUACCCGUCUGAUACUGAAGGGGGCGUUCUGCACCCAGCCUUCACACAAACAGCACUGACUGAACGGACAGAGAGCUUUGUGCCGAAAACUAAGCCCAACCUGUGUCAGACUAAUGAAUUAAAACGGCCUGUUUAAGAGAGGCCAGUAAAAGACCGUGUGGACCAUAUAUCAACAAGCAUGGAGUUCCCGCAACAGCAGAAACCGGCGGGGGAAGGAAUCAUCUAUCCUCCUGGAGUUAAAGAGAUUACGGACAAAAUCAGUAACGAUGAGAUGGUCAAACGAUUGAAGAUGGUGGUGAAGACAUACAUGGACAUGGAUCAAGACUCAGAAGAGGAAAAGCAGCAAUACCUCGGCCUGGCACUCCACCUUGCAUCAGAGUUCUUCCUUAGGAACCCCAAUAAAGAUGUUCGGCUACUAGUGGCCUGCUGCCUGGCUGAUAUCUUCAGGAUCUAUGCCCCUGAGGCUCCCUAUACCUCCCAUGAUAAACUCAAGGACAUCUUCCUCUUCAUCACUAGACAGUUAAAGGGGCUAGAAGACACCAAGAGUCCUCAGUUUAACCGAUACUUCUACCUGCUGGAGAACCUGGCUUGGGUGAAGUCGUACAACAUUUGCUUUGAGCUGGAGGACUGCAAUGAGAUCUUCAUCCAGCUUUUCAAAACACUCUUCUCUGUUAUCAAUAACAGCCAUAACCACAAGGUACAGAUGCACAUGUUGGAUCUGAUGAGUUCUAUCAUCAUGGAGGGAGAUGGUGUCACACAGGAGCUGCUGGACACCAUCCUCAUUAAUCUCAUCCCUGCACACAAGAAUCUGAACAAGCAAGCAUAUGAUCUUGCUAAGACUCUGCUGAAGAGGACCGUCCAGACCAUUGAGACAUGUAUUGCAAAUUUCUUCAAUCAGGUUUUAGUGAUGGGCAAGUCAUCAGUCAGCGAUUUAUCAGAGCACGUCUUUGACCUCAUCCAGGAACUGUUUGCCAUUGAUCCUAUGCUGCUUACCUCUGUCAUGCCACAGCUGGAGUUCAAGCUUAAGAGCAAUGAUGGUGAGGAGCGUCUUGCUGUUGUACGGUUGCUGGCAAAGUUGUUUGGGGCCAAAGACUCUGAGCUGGCCUCGCAGAACAGACCCCUGUGGCAGUGCUUCCUAGGACGGUUCAAUGACAUCCACGUACCAGUCAGGCUAGAGUGUGUAAAGUUUGCCAGCCACUGCCUCAUGAACCACCCAGACUUGGCAAAAGACCUGACAGAGUAUUUGAAGGUGCGUUCCCACGACCCAGAGGAAGCCAUUCGUCAUGAUGUCAUCGUCACCAUCAUUAAUGCUGGGAAAAAAGACCUCAACUUGGUCAAUGACCAGCUGUUAGGCUUUGUACGGGAAAGGACCUUGGACAAGAGGUGGCGUGUGCGUAAGGAGGCCAUGAUGGGCCUGGCUCAGCUUUACAAGAAAUAUUGUCUGCACCACGAGGCUGGAAAAGAGUCUGCCCAAAAGAUCAGCUGGAUCAAAGACAAACUGCUGCACAUCUACUAUCAGAACAGCAUCGACGACAAGUUAUUAGUCGAGAAGAUCUUUGCCCAGUACAUGGUCCCUCACAAUCUUGAUACAGAGGAGAAGAUGAAAUGCCUCUACUACCUGUAUGCCUGCCUGGACACAAACGCUGUCAAGGCCCUGAAUGAGAUGUGGAAGUGUCAGAAUAUGCUCAGAAGCCUCGUCAAGGAGCUGCUUGACCUCCACAAGCUGCCAGUGGUACAUUCUGAGGCCAACAACACAGCAAUGUUUGGGAAGUUGAUGAGUAUUGCCAAGAACCUCCCAGAUGCUGGGAAAGCUCAGGACUUCAUGAAGAAGUUCAAUCAGGUACUCGGUGAGGAUGAGAAGCUCAGAGUUCAGCUGGAGAUGCUCAUCAGUCCGACGUGCUCCUGCAAACAAGCUGAGAUUUGUGUGAGGGAGAUCACUCGGAAGUUGACGUUUCCCAAACAGCCUACUAACCCGUUCCUGGAGAUGGUGAAGUUCCUGUUGGAGCGUAUUGCUCCUGUUCACAUCGACUCUGAAGCCAUCAGUGCUCUGGUAAAGCUGCUGAACAAGUCUAUUGAGGGCACAGCUGAUGAUGAUGAGGAAGGUGUUACCCCUGAUACAGCCAUCCGCUCAGGACUGGAGCUACUCAAGGUUCUGUCUUUCACCCACCCCACCGCAUUUCACUCGGCAGAGACCUACGAGUCUCUGCUCCAGUGUUUGAAGAUGGAGGAUGACAAAGUUGCAGAGGCAGCCAUCCAGAUUUUCAGAAACACCGGGCAGAAGAUCGAGACGGAGUUACAGCAGAUAAGAUCGACUCUGAUUCCUAUCUUGCAUCAGAAGGCCAAGCGGGGCACCCCUCACCAGGCCAAGCAGGCUGUCCACUGUAUUCAUGCCAUCUUCAACAACAAGGAAGUGCAGCUGGCACAGAUUUUUGAGCCUCUGUCACGUAGUCUGAAUGCAGACGUCCCAGAGCAGCUCAUCACACCUCUCGUGUCCUUGGGCCAUAUUUCCAUGCUGGCUCCAGAUCAGUUUGCUUCCCCAAUGAAAUCCAUUGUUGCCAACUUCAUUGUGAAGGACUUGCUCAUGAAUGACCGGUCGGUGGGAAACAAGAAUGGAAAACUGUGGACCACUGAUGACGAAGUCUCACCUGAAGUUCUUGCUAAGGUUCAGGCCAUCAAACUGCUCGUGCGUUGGUUACUAGGAAUGAAGAACAACCAAUCCAAGUCAGCAAACUCCACCCUGCGCCUGCUGUCAGCCAUGUUGGUCAGCGAAGGAGACCUCACAGAGCAGAAGAAGAUCAGUAAAUCGGACAUGUCCCGUCUGAGGCUGGCUGCAGGUGGAGCCAUUAUGAAGUUGGCACAAGAGCCAUGUUACCAUGAAAUCAUCACACCUGAGCAGUUUCAGCUGUGUGGCCUCGUUAUCAAUGACGAGUGCUACCAGGUUCGUCAGAUCUUUGCACAGAAGUUGCACCUGGCUCUUGUGAAAUUGCUGCUGCCCCUCGAAUACCUGGCUGUGUUCGCUCUGUGCGCCAAGGACCCGGUGAAGGAGCGCCGUGCACAUGCCAGACAGUGCCUCCUCAAAAACAUCUCCGUCCGCAGAGAGUACAUCAAACAAAACCCCCUCGCUCAGGAAAAACUUGUCUCUCUUCUUCCUGAGUAUGUGGUUCCUUACAUGAUCCACCUGCUGGCUCAUGACCCAGACUUCACAAAACCGCAUGAAUAUGAGCAGCUCAAAGACAUCAAAGAAUGCCUGUGGUUCAUGCUUGAAGUGCUGAUGACCAAGAAUGAGAACAACAGUCAUGCCUUUCUUAGGAAGAUGGUAGAAAAUAUCAAACAAACCAAGGAUGCUCAGUGUCCUGAUGAUGCAAAGGCCAACGAGAAACUGUACAUUGUCUGUGACGUCGCUCUCUUCGUGAUCGCCAACAAGAGCACUGCGUGUCACCUGGAUUGUCCGAAAGAGCCCGUCUUACCCUCCAAGUUCUUCCUCAUACAGGACAAGGACUUCAAAAAUGAUAAAGAGUAUUUGACGGCAGAAAUGAGACAAAUGCUGCUCACUGGAAAGCCCAAACCAGCUCCUGUGUUAGGAGCAGUGAACAAGCCUCUGACGGUACCAGGGAGGAGGAUCUUCACCAAGACCACCACAGCUUCAGACACAACCAGUAACACCAGCACCAACUCCUCUCCUCUGAGCUCAACAAUCAACAAGAACAGUAACAGCAGCUCUACCAACGAGUCGUCAGAGAGCAGAGCACAGGAAAACAAUGAGAACCCAGUCAUCAAGGCUGAAGAGGUGAAGAAGGUCGAGCCCAGUCAGAAAGCAGCUCCCGAUGCCGGGACAGAAGCGUCGCCUGUCAAACGACGUGGUCGCCCGCCUAAAUCAGCUGCUGCUGCUCCAGUAGCAGCUGACAAAGAGGGAGGAGCGGCACCAGUGGGGGGUGGAACCAGCAGAGGCAGGAAAAGGGCAGCUGACCCCAACUCGAACCCGUCUGCAGAGUCAAUCAACAUCAAGAUGUCAAAACAGCAGCAGCAGAAUGACGAAGGGACAAAGAGACAGAUUGACCUGCAGAGGUAAAGAGGAAACCACUGAAGGUGAAACCAAGACUGUAGAGACUGGGCCAGACUCUUCCUUAUAUCUUCCCAACCCUGUGUACAAGCUCCUCUGACUCUUAAAGCUUUCCUGGAUACAUUAUGGACCUUUCUUAAAACACACAAACAGGCGCACACACACACACACACACAAGCACGCACACACACACACACUCUAGAAGGUUUUACCUUGUAGUCAUGAUUUGAAGCUCAUUGUAUGUAGGUCUUACUCAGAAUCAUGUUAUUUUUUUCCUUUGUGUUUGUUGCUCUUUGCUUCUUUUGUGGAGCCAUUUUUAAGAAAAAACAGGAUGGACAUUUUACAGCCGUUUUAAUCUGGUUAUGAUUGUUGCUUAUUAAAUCCCCUGGGAAAAUCCUACUGUACGUCUCUUGACCUCUUCCUCUUUGUGUCUGUGUUGCACAGUGUUUUUUUUUUUUAAUUAUAUUUCUUUCUCAUCGGGUUUUUUACACAGUUAUAUUUUGUAAAUAUGCCUGUGUAACUUUCCACUGAAAACCUUUUGAAUAUCUAAGUGAAAACAGUUAAAAAUCUUUGCAGCAGUUGGCUUAAAUAUGGGAACACCUGAUGCGUUUAACAGAUGUACCGGCACCAAAAUUUUAUACACUUUGGUAAGUUUAGGUUUCUAACUUUGGUAUGUUUAGGUGCUUUAGCUUGUUUAUAGCAUCACAAGGCCAGUUAGAAACUUGUGGUGGCUUCUCAAGUGACACCAGUAAUGCUUUUAAAGGCCUUUUGAUUUAUUUCCAGUGCGUGUAAAUGGACAAAAUUAAGCGGUCAAGCAUUUCUGGAUACUGUGCUCCCAGCUCUGCUCGCUGCCUCGUGCCCUGGACAUGUCAGAGGCUCUGAAAAUGAGCUGGGUUUUAAUGACUUUUGUUUUUUUUUUCUUUUUUACAUCUGAAGUACUUCACUUUGGAUUGCAUAAAUGAUAUAUAACUAUCCAAGUAUGUGUUCAGGAUUUUGUUCAUCUUUUAUGAUUGAAUAUUUUUUGUACUUUUGUCAGUUUUCUGUUGGGUUAUUCCUGAUUUUUAAGCAUCGAGUGAGUGGAUACCAUGUGGGUUGUGUUGAUGACGGGGACUAAGUAUGCCUAUACUCAUGAUCAUAUUUAAUUUUUUCCAAAAAGAAAAAAAAAUAAAUGCUUUUAGAUGU